AUGACUGCAAGACAGAAGCAUGAUCCUAAUGUUCUAUCGUGUCCCUCUGGUAACUGGUCCCUAUCUAAAUGCCUCUUUACUAGAUGUGACACUGUAGUGGUUGAAAGACAGAACCAUGUGAUCCCUUGUGCUUAUGUUCUUCUCUGGCCCUAUCCCGCCCAAUUCUUGUUCACCACAAUAUCUGCUGUUGAACAUUUAAUAGCCAUGGCCAUCCAUAUGCCUCGUAUAAUUCAUGCUAAGCAUUUUUUUGGACAAUCUUCAGAUAUUCCGAAGGGAUCUUUUUCUGUUUACGUCGGGGUCGAAAGAAAAAGAUUUGUUGUUCCAAUCUCUUACCUGAACCACCCUUCAUUUCAAGACUUAUUACAUCAAGCUGAACAAGAAUUUGGGUUCGAUCAUCCAACUGGUGGCUUAACACUUCCCUGCAGAGAGGAUGUCUUUAUUGAUAUCACCGCUCACUUGAACAGAAUUUGA